ACUAAUGACACGCUCUGCCACUUCACAAACGGACCAGACAAACGCGGAAUCAUUGUCUGCUACGUCAGCAGAAAUUCUAUAUGAGAUGCGCAAAGACGCUCACUAGGCUUGAUGCCAGCGUCUCUCAUCUCGUCUACCACAGACUGCGUCGCGGUCGACCAUCGCUUCUGCGUCUGGACAGCGGGUUCACAGCGUCAUAUUCGAGCAUGGCCUCGACUCCUGGUACCGAUUAUGGCAAUUGGAGCCAUGAAGAUCUCAUCAAGCGCGUGACGCAGCUUGAGAGUGAGCUUAAAGCGCAGCAGGAAAGGUUGACGUCCCUGCUGCCCCAGCCGGCAGCCGAGCCUGCACCGGCGGCGGAGGUCACGACGGCAAAGAAGAAGACGAAGAAGCACACGCCCUUCGACCCGUCCAAGUACACGACGCGCUACAUCGCGCUCAAGUUCGCGUACCUGGGCGCGCGCUACAACGGCUUUGAGCACCACAUCGGCAACGCGACGCCGCUUCCCACCAUCGAGGAAGAGCUGUGGAAGGCGCUCGUGAAGACGCGCCUGAUCUUCCCGCCGAGCCUGUACGGCGAGGACGGAGCGCCCCUCCUGAGCGGCAAGGCGGGCGUCGAGGAGGUCGAGCGGCUGCCUGCGGGCGUGGUGGGCGACUGGACGGGAUGCGAGUAUUCGAAAUGUGGGAGGACGGACAGGGGAGUGAGUGCCUUUGGGCAGGUAAUUGGUCUUAGGGUUAGGAGUGCGAGACCGAAGGAAAAAGUCAAGAAGGCGAAGAAAGAGAAGGAUGAGGAGGUCGAGGCGGCGAACGUUGGUGAAGGCAAAGACUCAACUGACGCACUUGGUGCGAUGACUACUCUACCCGGAAGUGCCCAGGAGGAUUCCGGCCACAGCUAUCAUAACAUGGAAGGAGUUGAAGAAAGGGAGGGUGAAGUGGAAGAUGAUAAGCCGCCGCGCUUUGAUCCUGUCAAGGACGAGCUUCCCUACCUCGUCCUCCUCAAUCGCGUCCUCCCGCCCGACAUUCGCGUUCUUGCCUGGUGCCCUAACACACCGCCAAACUUCGAUGCCCGCUUCUCGUGCAAAGAGCGCAAGUACCGUUAUUUUUUCACCUCGCCUGCCUUCCUUCCAUUGCCUGGUGCCGCCGGCAUCUCGCCCAGGACGAGUGGCCGCGAGGGCUGGCUUGACAUCGACGCCAUGAGAGAGGCGGCGAGCUACCUCGUCGGAACGCACGACUUCAGAAAUCUUUGCAAGGUCGACCCUUCGAAGCAGCUGACGAGCUUCACGAGACGGAUCACGGAUGCGAGGAUUGUGGAAGUGGGAGAGGUUGGUGGUCUGGACUUUGUGAAGAUGGCCCACCUCACGGAUACCGCGUUCAGCGAGGAGGGAAAGAGGGUGCCGGCAUCCAAAGGUAUGCGAUUGUUUUCGUUCGACGUGCAAGGAUCCGCGUUUCUGUGGCAUCAGGUACGUUGCAUGGUGGCCAUCCUGUUCCUUGUAGGCCAAGGUCUAGAAAAACCCUCCGUGGUCAAGGAGCUGCUCGACGUGAAGAAAAACCCGUGCAAGCCGCACUACGAGAUGGCUUCAGACCAACCUCUCGUGCUGUGGGACUGCAUGUUUAGCGCAGACCCGGACAAAGGCCGUUUCAAUGAGGAAGACAGACAGCAGUCGAAAGGCUACGUGGACCGGGGCGUCGGUGAAGAUGAGCUCGAGUGGGUGUAUGCCGCCGAUUCUGGUCCGGGCACGAGUAAUCAAGUUAAGUGGGGACCUUUGGGCUUGAUGACGGACCUUUGGAAAGGUUGGCGGAAGGCAAAGAUGGACGAGGUGUUGGCUGCACAGCUGUUGGAUAUGGUCUCUACUCAGGGACGGAACGACGGUGUCGACAGCCGCGGUCCCGUGCCAGCACCUGACCGUUCUGGCAAAGAAAACCAGAGAGUGUUUGAAGGUCACGACAGUGCGCUGCCGCGAGGAAAAUACGUACCGGUCAUGCAGAGACCAUUGAUGGAGCCUGUCGAGGUCAUCAAUGCCAAAUGGGCGGCGCGAAAGGGCAGGCCGCCAAGAUUUGCGUCUAGUGUCGCUGAUGACGGCCGUGAUUAAGUACUGCGAUGUGAAUGCGCGUCUCUAUGUUUUGGGCUCGUAAAGACACGAGCGUGCGCCGCGCCAGACUUUUUCGAUGAUGUUGAGUGACGGCAGUAGGUUCUGGAUACAUCUAGUUAGAACACAUAGACGUCGUAAUAUGAGGAAAGGUAACAUACUGGGAA